GCUGCCUUUGCGCCUCGUGACCGGAGGGCGUCGUGCGCAGGCGCGGAGUCGCUGGAGGCGCACGUGGAGGCCGCGCUGGACGAGCUGGAGGGCCGCUUCGGGCGCGUGGCCGUGGCGCGGCUGGCGGGCUUCCUCACGUGCACAGAGUUCGGCCUGAGCGAGACGGAGCUGCUGGAGCUGCUCAUGCCCACGGCCAACAGCAGCGCCACCCUGCGCCUCGCGCACGGCCACUUCACCUUCUCCUCGCUCUGCGCCGCGCGCCGACGCAUGGCGCCGCUGCUGCGCGAGAAGCUCAUGUCCGGGAAGCUGCUGCUGGGCUGGCGCCACGAGCUGACGGCGGAGGUGGCGCGGCGCCGCUACCUGGGCGCGCAGGACGCGCUGCGCGCCGCCCACGCCGACGUCGCCAACCUCUUCUUCAGCGAGUUCGCCCAGCAGAGCAGCGAGGCCGACACUGAGGAGCCGGCUCCAUCCCCAACAGAAAAUAAGGAGACACCGUUUCAGACUACUAUACCUCCGGACGAUGUUACCUACAGCUUGCGCCACGUGGAGGAGUCCUGGAUUCAUCUCCUCAAGGCCGGGGACAGCGGCCGGCUGAAGCAGUUGACGGUGUGCAACUUCGAUUUCCUGCUGGCGGCCGUUCAGACGGUGUCCGUGAGCUACCUGCGCUGCGUGCUGGAGCACGUGCGCUGCUACCUGCUGGACCGCGACCUGGAGCUCGUCUACUACACCGUUCGCAAGUCUAGCGAUGUGCUCACCCGGGACCCUCUGCAGCUUGGGGCGCAGGUCAUCUGCUGGCUGCGACCCGUCGCCGGCCUUCAUUGCCCAGCCGGUGUUAAACUCAUAGAACCUACUCCAUCUGGACAGCACGUUGUGGUUGUCCCUCAGACAGGGGACCCACAGCUUUGGCACGUUAUGUCAAACACCUUAACCCAUACUUUUAAAGGUCAUAGUGGGCCAGUUCUGUGUUUAGCAAUCACUAAACAGUCUCAGUAUCUUCUUACUGGAUCUGAUGAUAUUUCAAUAAUAGUUUGGGAUCUCAAAAAUUUGAACCUGAAACUUCGAAUAUAUGAGCACAUUGCCCCAGUUCUAAGCUUGACUCCCGCAUUGGGUAACUCAGUGAUUGUGUCAGGAGGUGAAGAUUCUCGAAUCAUCAUCACUUCCUUGCUGACUGGUGAUGUGGUGAUGAAGAUUGACCAUCAUCGUGGCCCCGUCACAUCAGUCAGGGUCAACACAGCGGGGGAUGUGCUCGUGUCUGGAUCAUUGGAUGCCACUGUCUGCCUAUGGUCUUUGGAGAAUUUCAAUUUGCUUAACACAAUCAAUCUGCCCUCCCCCGUGUCAAUGUUGGAUGUAUCAAAUGAUUCAGUGUUCCUACUUGCGGCUUGUGAAGACAAUCAACUGUAUUUACGUUCUUUAGCUACUGGGACUGAAAUCCACAGCUUAAGAGGUCACAAAGCAGAGGUACGCUCUUUGUGUCUGGCUCAAGACAAUUGUCGAGCUGUGGUUGGUGGUUCUGAUGGCAAAAUUUAUAUAUUUGAUAUGCAUAGUGGACGUCUUAGCAGAACCCUUACUAGUCAUGCUACUGAAGUUACUGGUGUCAAAGUUACAGAGAAGGAUGAUUUUCUUCUUAGUGGAGGGGGAAAUCGCAUUACUUUUUGGAGUUUCCGGCGUGAUGAUGCUACUGGUGCCGUAUUGCCCAGCUCAAUAAAUAACAAUCGCAAAACUUCACAGCAGUGUCCACAACCUCAUACUGCAGCUAUUACAUGUCUUGAUAUAUCUCGUGAUGGAACAAUGGCUGUCACAGGAUCUGUGGACAGUUUGGUCAAUAUUUGGCAGUUGAAUACUCAUGAAUUGUAUUCCACUCUAGAAGGUCAUUAUGCUUCAGUUACUUGUGUAGCAUUUUCUCCAAAUGGCCUGUUUGCUGUCUCUGGUUCGGAAGAUAAAUCAGCUCGUGUUUGGGGUCUUACUCUUGGUCUUGUUGUCUCAACAUUUAAGGGCCACCAAGCAACAGUUACAGCUGUUGCAGCAAUGCAAGAUAGCCGUCGUGUGGUUUCAAGUGACCGUCAAGGUGUUCUGGCUGUUUGGCUUGCAGACAAUGCCACUCUGCUUCACUCUUGUAUUGGUCCUGAUAAAUCUUUGGCAGUUACAAACAACAUGAAAUAUGCUGUGUGUGGAAAUGGAGAUAACAGUCUUCGAAUUUGGUCUGUAAAUCGGGAUGAGGAACGCUACACUGUUUCUCAUAGUGAAGAAAUAACUUGCUUUGUGUUGACAAUGGACUCACAGCAUGUUAUCACUGGUUCUCGAGACAUGUCAUUAAAAGUAUGGCAAGUUGCUGGUGGAAAGCUAGCUCAGGUGCUUGUUGGACAUUCUGACCAUGUAACCUGUGUGGCAGUAUCUAUAUUGAAUAAAUCACUGGUUGUAUCAGGCUCAAGAGAUGCGAAUCUUAUUGUGUGGGAUAUCAAUACUGGAAAUGAUAUCCAUGUUCUCACUGGUCAUUUAGGUUACGUCACAUGUGUCAAAGUGGCUGGAGAUGGCAGUUUAGCUGUUUCAGGUUCUGAAGACAAAAGCAUUCUUGUAUGGGAUACAAAGCGGGGACAGUUGCUUUCUUCUCUUCAACUUCAUGUCCCAAUUUUAAAUCUUGAAAUGUCGACUGAUGCAUCUCGCAUUACUGUUCAUUUAUUGGAGAACAGACAUUUGCCUAUAAUUUGUUUACAUAACACACCAGCAACAUAUGUCAAAAUACCUGUUUAUGUUGCUCCAGCUAAGGAAGUUGAAGAUUUAAGACCAUCUGCACCUAAACGACCUAUGAGAAGACUCUUGAAGAAAGAAGUAUCAUUGGAUACUUACACUUGGCAGAAGAAAUAUGGUCAUCUUACUUCCUCUAUCAUGAUGGCAACUGUAGAGGAAAGACUGAAACGCCGUUUUUCUGUCUCUGCAAGUAUGGAAGAAAUUUCGAAAAUUCCAUCUAAAGGGAGCAUGGGCUCCCAGGGGUUGGGACCAGAACAGGCAGCCCUUGCUCAAUCACAACAUUUUGACCAGCUAGAAGCUUUAUGGAAUAAACGUUCCCCUCCUCGCCGUCGUCACAAUCAGUCGCUAUCCAAACAGAACUCACGAUCCAGUCGACGAGAUUCUUCUGAGACAGAUGAACGUACUCCAUGUGAGGAGGUUGUAGGUGUGUGUCAGCCUUGUAACGGAAAACAUUCCAAAUCACCUGAUCGCUUGCGCAGCAGAGAUCCACGUCUUACUCAGUCCUGUAUAACUCAAUGACAAAUAUUUUACUUGAAAGUCAAUUUAGUAUAAAACAUGAAUAUUGUGCCAUAGUUGUAGUUCAAUAAAUUAUGGCAGUUUGUUCAUGUUUUUGGCAGUGCUAAAUUGUUAGUUUUAUAUAUUUUAAUUAAUUUUAAUAAUACAUUACAAUCAGUUGUGAAUGACCCAAGUACUUAUUUGCACAAUUUAAUCUACAAUUCAAAGAAUAUCACAAAGUGAUAAAGAAUUAUUGUUGUUAGUAGUACACUACCUGGUAUGAUUACGAAUAAGCUGUUUGCAUUCUAUAUCAAUGUCACACAGAGAGAACUUCAAAAUAUAACAGUAAGUGGUUUGUGCAGAGUUGUAAAAAUGUUUAUAUUGUACAUUUAUUGUGUAAAGUUAUAGAUAUUUUUAAAAAAUAUAUGUUUUGUUAAUUUUAUU